ACGGCGGCGAUCGUGUCCCGCUCCUUGUGGAGGGCGGUGCUGGUGGAGGACGCGGCGCGUGGGAUCCGUCGCGUUCUGGCUGUAGGUCUUGUGCAGUCGGGGCUUGAACUGGGACCGGUCUCUGUAUUCUUUAAAUGUGAGCCACCCACUACGCUGGAGUGCGAGCAGCAACACCGCAUGCUUGGACCACCCGUUCCAGACGCCGGGCGGCCCGGUAUGGAUUUCUAAUCCAUCAUCUCGCCGCCGCCCCGUCGCGCCGAAAUAGGGGGACGCUGCCCGGGCACGGGGCCCGCCAUGUGACCGAGCGCGCCCUGCCCGUCAGCCAGACAGUACGAACGCCCGGCGACGCCAUGGCGGUGGCGCUGGCCUCCGCGGCGCUGCUGCUGCUGCUGCCGGCCGCGCUGCUGGCCCAGGAGCCGACCUUCCAGUGCCAGGAGAUCAGCAUCGCCAUGUGCCGCAACAUCGGCUACAACGUGACGCUGAUGCCGAAUCAGUUCCACCACGACACGCAGGAGGAGGCGGGGCUCGAGGUGCACCAGUACUGGCCGCUGGUUGAGAUCCACUGCUCCGACGACCUGCAGUUCUUCCUGUGCGCCACGUACGUGCCCAUCUGCCUGCAGAAGUACCAGCGCUCGCUGCCCGUGUGUCGCUCGGUGUGCGAGCGGGCGCGCGCCGGCUGCGAGCCGGUCAUGCUCGACCACGACUUCGCGUGGCCGGAGCGGCUCGACUGCAGCCGGCUGCCCGAGUACCGCGACCCGGAGAACCUCUGCAUGGACAACAAGAACGGCGAGGCGCCGCCGCCGCCGCCCCGCCGCCGCCCGCCGCCGCCCUGCGCGUGCGAGUGCUCCGCGCCGCGCGCCGUGCCGCUCGCUCCCGGCCAUCGGCUCUUCAACCGGUCGGUGACGCUGGGCGGCGUGGCCGAGUGCGCGCUGCCCUGCCGCGCCCCCUACUUCAGCGCCGCGCAGCACCAGUUCGCCGAGCGCUGGGUGCUGAGCUGGGCGGUGCUGUGCGCCGUCAGCACCUUCCUGACGGUCGCCACGUUCCUGAUCGACCGGAGCCGCUUCCAGUACCCGGAGCGGCCCAUCAUCUUCCUGGCCGGCUGCUACUUCCUCGUGUCGGUCGGCUACCUGGUGCGACUCGGCGCCGGUCACGAGCUCACUGCCUGCGACGGGGGCGUCAUCCGGUACGACGCGUCCGGCGGCCCGGGCCGGCCGGCCGGCGCCGCCCUCUGCACCGUCGUCUUCCUGCUCGUUUACUUCUUCGGCAUGGCCAGCGCCGUCUGGUGGGUGAUCCUCUCGCUCACCUGGUUCCUGGCGGCCGGCCUUAAAUGGGGCAACGAGGUGAUUGCCGGCUACUCGCCGUACUUCCACCUGGCGGCCUGGGUCAUCCCGGCGGGGAAGGCGAUCGCUGCGCUCGCCACGGCGGCCGUCGACGGGGACAGCCUGACCGGCGUGUGCUACGUGGGCGGCCAGAGCCUGGGCAACCUGCGCGGCCUCGUGCUGGCGCCGCUGGUGGCCUACCUGCUGCUCGGCACCUCGUUCCUCCUGGCCGGCUUCGUCUCCCUCUUCCGCAUCCGCAGCGUCAUCAAGCAGGACCGCGGAAACAAGGACAAGCUAGAGAAGCUCAUGUUCCGCAUCGGCGUGUUCUCCGUGCUGUACACGGUACCGGCGUCCGCCGUCAUCGCCUGCUUGGUGUACGAGCAGCACCUCCGGCCCGCCUGGGAGGCGGCGCUGGUCUGCCCGUGCCAGGCCAGCGACGCCGACGCGCCCAACUUCAACAUCUUCCUGCUGCGCUACUUCAUGUCGCUGGCCGUCGGCGUCACGUCCAUCAUCUGGGUGUGGUCGCGCAAGACGCUGCACUCGUGGUGCGUGCUGCUCGGCUGCCGGCGGCCGCCGCCGCCGGCGCUGGCACGUCGCUACGAAGUGCCGACGCUGCAGCCCGGCAAGGCGACGCCCAGCCUGCCGGCCGCCUCCUCGCAGGGCCCGCUGAUGCAGUCCAACCUGACCUUCUCGCAGACCACCUCGCACACGAUGAGCGAGCCCAACCCGGCGCUCUCGCACAAGUCACUGCCGCUGAGUCACGUGUAGUCAUGUCGUGUGCUGAUCCGUGUGGGUCCCGCGUGGACCGAUGGACGCGUGAUGCGGUGGAAGGAGGUGGACGCAGUGGAGAGCGGGCAGAACUCGCGGGCUCUCUAGCGGACCAAUGUCGUGUGCUGCCAUUAAACAGUACGCGCCACGCCCAGCAAGAACGAGAACUCGGUGGCAUCUUCCGCUGUGGCGUUGAACUCCGUACCGGUGCUUCGCUCGCCGCCGUGACCUUCUGACACGUGUGCUCGGUUUCCCGCUUGCCGCCAGGUCAUGACGCAAGAAUGGCGGACCCAGCGCUAAGUGUUGAUCACGCGACAUGUCGAUGUUGGCCGGCGCGAAUAGCUGGGGACUUUACGGCGGCACGCUUGUCGUUCAACGGACUUACAGGGUGUAUCUAGGGCGCGGCGCCGGUGUCGUCUGGGGCGAUCUCCAGUCUUGACCCCCUGACCCUCGGCGGCGGCCAUAUUGUACAGGUCCGGCGCGUGUAUUGCAGCGGCGACCGGCGCGGUCCAAUCGAUCACUGGGCACGGGCCCCCGGGGGAAUGGGCGGCACACAGCUCCAUGGCAUCGCAGCCGCUUAGAGGAGCCGGUCACGUGACCCAUUCGUCUGGCCACGUGACCUCGACUCCCCGGAAUAGCCGCGGGCAGACGGCGGUGAAUUUCCCCUGGGGGCGGUUGGUUCCGGACAAGCGGUGGUCGGGCGAAGACGGGUGGGGAGACCGCCUCGCCAGUCUGAAUGUGAUAUGCAGCCGGCGCGCGGGGGGGGUCAAGGGUCGUGACCUGCUGCAGCCCGCCGCUGGGACAGGCUCAGAAGAGCUCCGGCGGGCUGGAGGAUUCGUGGAAAGCCCCCGACGGCGUGUGGGGACCCCUGCGUGGUGCGGAUGCGCCGCUGGUUGUUUUUACAUAUCAUAGCUGUGUACAUGGUCGGCGGCUUAGCGGCACUGGAUCUGACUGACGUUGUUUAGGUUUCUGUGGAUUGCCUGCAUUGCGAAGUAAGAUGGGCUUCUAGUCACCCGUGCCGAACAGCUUCAGCGUAUUUGCGCAGUUGACGUGUUUAUUUUGCGAACAGAGAUGUAGCCUGUCCGCCCUCCCAACCAGCUCGUUUUAGUUGGUAGCCGCAGCCAAGCACACAACCGGGAAGGAAGGAUCGCCGCCAGCAAAACAGGAGUAUCCAAAAUUGAUUUUUUGCGAUGGUGUAAUUCUGGUACAUUCGCUUAAGUGGUCGCGGCGUGGCUGUCCGGACCGGGGACCAUCGUUCCGGGUGCCGACCGGCGUGUGGUGCUAAGCACAUCUCACAUGCAAUGUCCCGUCUCUUCCCUUGCGGCUGGGUCUUCGGAGCACCUGUGGUUCCUCGAACGCACCAAAGAGAAUGCCAAAGGCCGAACAGGCGAGCGUAUUUUUAUUCCCGCACAACACAUAGGCUCCAACGGUCUUCAUCAUCGUAUCUGCCGACCACGGUAGAUGCCGCAGAAGAUGUCUCUCACACCAUUCCGCAAGACCCUCUGCUCUGCAUAGUCACACACGAGUCGGGUAAACCACAUAAUCUUCGGAACAUUCGCUGUCGUAUACGUGUUUCAUAUCUCAUGUAGACUCAAUGUGCUCUUUGUAUAAAUACAGCCCUAGACGGCAGUGGAAUGUGUUUUGUCACGAAUUUGAAAGCGGGUAUUUAGAAAAAAAGGAUCAUGCUUGGAUCAGCUUAUUGGCAUCGUACGGGAGCUUUCGGGACAACAUUGCAUGCAAUG